CUAGAGCGAGACCAAGGGGCGUGGCCAAGAAGACCACGCCCACGGCAGGUCUUUAAAAAGCCGGCGCGCGCGCUCCCGCCAGUUUUCCGACUCGCCCGCGGCCUCUUUCCGUCCCCGGCCUCGCUAGCUCCGCCCGCCGCGUGCUCCCGCCUCCCACUCGGAAUGCCUGUCUGGGGCGGUGGAAACAAGUGCGGGGCCUGCGGGAGGACCGUUUACCACGCGGAGGAGGUGCAGUGUGAUGGGCGGAGCUUCCACCGCUGCUGCUUUCUGUGCAUGGUUUGCAGGAAGAACUUAGACAGCACAACAGUGGCAAUUCAUGAUGAAGAAAUCUACUGCAAAUCCUGCUACGGAAAGAAGUAUGGACCAAAAGGCUAUGGGUAUGGCCAGGGCGCUGGCACGCUCAACAUGGACCGCGGCGAGAGGCUGGGCAUCAAGCCAGAGAGUGCUCAGCCUCACAGGCCUACAACAAAUCCAAACACUUCUAAAUUUGCCCAGAAAUAUGGAGGAGCGGAGAAGUGUUCCAGGUGUGGGGACUCGGUCUAUGCUGCUGAGAAGAUCAUCGGAGCAGGAAAGCCCUGGCACAAAAACUGCUUCCGAUGUGCCAAGUGUGGCAAGAGUCUUGAGUCUACAACUCUGACUGAGAAAGACGGCGAAAUCUAUUGUAAAGGGUGCUAUGCAAAGAACUUUGGGCCCAAGGGAUUUGGCUAUGGCCAAGGAGCAGGGGCUCUUGUCCACGCUCAGUAAUGGUGUAAACACAGAGCUCAGCAUCGCACAGGAUCUCCGUUACCAAACGCAAGUGGCCUUCCAGCACUCACUACUGUGACUCUGCCAGUGUCCAGUGCUGUGCGUCACACCACUACCUACACAGGCAGGCUGGACACGACAGCAGUGCACUCUCCCGCUUACUCACCAGCAUUUAAAAGCAUCUAUGUUUGAAAUAAAAUUUCAGCUUGAUUUGG